UGCUCCAGGUGGCCGUGGUGGGUGGCGUAUAAGUAGAGGCCUGCAUUCGCCGCCGUCCUCAUACCCUCACCACGUCCUUCGACUACCUCUUACUUUUUUACAUACAUAGUUACGCCCGGUGUAACUUCUUUUUUUCCGCUUCUCUUUCUCUCCUCUUCCACGUUCGCGUCUCUUCUCGGCAGUUUCGUGCAAUUACACGACACGACACGGUACGGUACGAGUGGUCGGCGAGUUUUCUGCUCGUGUUGUACGCGCGCACUCGUGUCUGCCUGUGUGUGUGCGCGUGCGUGUAUGUGUGUGCGUGUGUGAGAGAGAAAGAGAGAGAGAGAGAGAGAGAGAGAGAGAGAAAGAGAGAGAGAGGGAGAGAGAGGGAGAGAGAGAGCGUGAAACGUAUCGAAGGUUCGGUACAGAUUGUGUACCUCGAAGGUGUCCGUCGAAGACGAGAAGCAGCCCCUUUCACGGAUCGUCGCAGCUGGAAGACGAGCGUCGUCGAGAGAAAAGGUGAUCGCGAUGAUCGCGAGUGUCCGGUGACGAAACGUGUUCCUGGUCGUUUCUUCUUACUACGCUGUAGUAUCACGCUUCGUGGUUGGAAAACUUUCAAAGGUUGCUCGGCCAUCCAACGUGGCCAUCACGUUCGUUCACGUCCGACUUGGUUCUCUGUCUCACAUCGCAAACGGGGGCCGGACGCAGAGGAGACAAACAACAGGUCCAUAGAAAAUCGUCAACAUGUGGAUGAAACUCGUUCUUUUGAUAUCCUGCGUCGUGGCGAACGCGCUGGCGGACAAUGGAUCCGGAAGUAAAACAGCGUCGGUGGAAGAAUUCGUCACGUCUCACAGAGUACCGGCGAGCAUCGCCAGACCGUCGGAUUACAACGAAAACGACGAGGACAGUGACGUCGGCGGCGACGACGACGACGACGACGACGACGACGUUGUCGACGUGGAAAGGAAAACGAUCGCGAAGAAUGGCAAGCACGCGAAGAAGGUUGCGCCAAAGUUGGAGAGCUUCGACAAGAAGCCGGCCAAUCUCGAGCCGCCGCGACGUUUCGAUUUCGUCGACGAAGACAGAGCGGGCAACGACGCCGCCGUUGCGGCAAAGCGGCAGGUUCGCGUCGAAUUGGAAAACUUCGGCGACACCGGGGUGCUUCACGAGGACGGAGUCCGUCGUUCGGACGCGCACAAAUCGCGGCUGCAGGGUCAGAGAGACUCCCUCAUCCCCGGGGUGCGCGUCAGCGACGAGUACCCGACCACCAUGAUGCCAGUUUUGACAACGCCACGCGAGACACGCGCCUUCGACUUCGUCCCGGUGAAUAUCAUCCGUGACGACGGCAAGGAAACGUCUUUCCGUGAACGGAACUUUGGCGACUUCAGCGACGUUAGCUUAGUCCCCGCUGGAACGAACUCGCGUAUCCAGGUAAAGAAAGGGCCGAACGGCAAGGACUACGAAUACGAAACUACGCCCGCGCCUAGGCGCGGCGGAUCAUCAACCAACAGGAACAAGUACACGAACGUCGAGAGAUCCAGCACCGUGGAACCUGCCAGCAACGAAGUUAUACCGAAUCGUAACGGAAACAGAGGCAGACAGUUGGUCGAGACCGAAGACGUCUCCGAGGAAAGACUGCCGACCAACACCAGAUUUCCGCCCAGGUCACGAUCGAGUCACAACACGGGGACCACGGAGCCAUCGAGAACUCGCGGAAAUCGUCCGAGGCCCAGUCUGGACCUCGUCGACUCGAGCAGCUUUCGAACGCAUCAGGAGGGGCCCGAGUUCCCGCAGAUUUUACCAAAGGGGCCUGUCAGGUUUCUCGGGGUCACGCCAAACGAGGAGAACGCAGAAGAGAGAGCGGUAACCAGAGGACGAGCGAGACCGCAGAGAGUUCAAGAACCCGCUCCCGUCGAGGAGAUGGUCGAAGACGCGCCCGCUCCCACCACCAGGAGGAGGCCGAUUAGUGCACUCUCGCCCGAAAUCGACGUCGAAACGAGGGGAUCUUCGCGCGCGAGCGAGGAGAGAGGGGACGAGAAGGAAGAGGCUGCUGCGUCUUCGCCGACGGAGAAAGCCAGAGACAAACAAUCGUCCGCGGAGAACGCGAAGCGAGAGUACGAAGACUCGGACUCUCCUUCCACGAUCUCGGCAAACACCGAGAAUCCAACGACCGAGUAUCCAUCCUCCAUGGACAAAGUGGCGCUCGACUUGUACGCUUUCGUGCAGCAAGGUCAAAAUAAUCUGGUCGACGCGUCCGGCACCGAUUCUUCCUCGUCCGACGUAACCAUCACCUCGAACGAGGAGAACACCACCGAUUUGGCAGCUGCGACGGAAUUGUCCGCGACCACGGUCACCCUCGAACCUAUCACCACCACCACCACCACUACCACCGCGGCGUCACCCACGGAAUCAACGACUGUCACGGCUGCUGCAAUUUCUACCACCGUCGGCACUACUACCACGAUCAGUACCACGACCACGACCACGGAAUCUCCUACCACUACUCAGGCGGCUGUCGGAAGAGGGAAAUUCAGAAGACCGGGCAUCGGUGGGAUAGCCACAGCUUCUAGAAACAGAUUUAAAUCUAACGGAGGCGGAAGCACAAGCACGGAAGCACCGGCGGAGCCGACGCAACGCACUCGGAAUCGGUUUGGUGGCAAUGGCUCCAAUGGCGGUGGUUUCAAAAGAAAUCGUCCCGGGCAAAAACAACCGCCCCUUCUCGAAGAGGACGCGGUGCAGAAAGAAAGUGCCAGCUCCGUUCAAGCGGAACGUCCUUCACCGGCUGCCACUACACGCGGCAGAUUUCGCGGCUCCGGAUCCACCAGGUCCGUCAUCUCUUCGACGACAGCGACACCGUCGAACGGCGGAUCAUCGACCUCGUCUACAAACGGAGUAUCGAGGCCGUCCUUCAACAAGCUGAACAUCAAUCGACGACGCGGCAGACCGACGACAACCGCUCCGAACAGUAGCGAGGAGAGCCAGGAGUCGACUCGCGCGGAAACCUUGAAGGAGACCGCGCAAGAAUCGCUCGCCGCGACGCCAAAGUCGACUUCGGCGGUUCGCGCGCGACUUCCGACGACCGGAGUCAGACCGGUGAUUAAACCCGGGGCGAGAAUAAACCUGAGACCUAAACAAUCGGGACAAUCGACCACGACCGCCGCCCCACUCUCCGCGGACAAAGAGGAGGAAUCGUCCGUCGACGAGCCAGCUGGCGAAGGAACCGAGGAGGAGACUCACGAGGCACCUGCAGAGACCAGCCCGCCCCCGACACGCUCCACGACCGUCAACCCACUGAACAAACUGCGCAAUCGAAACAGGCUGCAAGUACACCCGAAGACAACCACCAGAGCCCCGGUGUCUCUGGCGUCGAGAAGAUCGCCGUUGUUGCCACGCCGCAAGGCAACCGAGCCACCGGUGGUUCCACCCAGCCAUUCGGAUGAAGCGUCCGAAGAACCGGAAGCUUCCAGCUCCAGCGAAAUCGAGCCGACCGAGCCUACGUCCGCUGAAACAAGCACAGCAGCGAGCACGAAACACGAGGAGACCAGGGGACUGAGCGGACUGUUGGCGCCCAGACGCAGGAUAACGCCGCGGCGACCUGGACAGAUCAUCUCGCGGGAGUAACGCGCGAACAACGUACAACGAAACGUCCUCCGUAUCCGUAUCCGGGCCCCCUAGUUUCUACUUCCUCGCAGUAUUCGUCGCUGUUUCGAGAUCGAGGUCGACGUUAGAAAUGAAGCUGUGGCGGCGAUCAAUUACCGAAAAAGGCCGACGGAGGAUAGCUGUUGUCGCGGAAACUAACGACCAGCUCGACCGAGCGAUUGACCGAGCGAAGAGAUUCCGUCGUUUCCAAUUUCUUCGGUAUUCGUGCUCGAAUCUCUGUGCGUGUACGAGGGGUAAAUCUCGUCGACAAUCUCCAAUUGGUUGCUGACGAGGGACCAUCCCCUUCCCGAGUUCAAGUGACCUCGAGGGACAUUAUCUUGCUUCGCAUGAGAAUCUCCUUUUUUUUUUAAAUAAAAUCUGUCAGAUUUUCGUUUAAAAGGAAAAGAAAAGAAAGAGAAGAAGACAGAAUCACGUAUUACACAUUCGUUUAAAGACGUUCAAAUGAGACGAUGCCUUGUCGAGUUUGAUGAGCUUUCUAAUCUAGCCCUCGAAGUUUCUCGAUACUCGCGAUAAUAAACGAUCAGCAACAGCGAAACUAAACGCGCUGUCGCUGGAAUGUUAGAGUCAAGUUUCCAAAAAAACGAACGUACGAAUUAGAUGAUGGAUGUAUUAUACGGCGAAACUUGCUCGCAUCUUUCGAACGAUACUCCUGAAUCGCGUCUCUAUGUUUCUAUCCAUUAUCGCGACGCGUAACGGUCUCGAUUGCCCACAGUCAUCGGUAGAGAACAUUAAGCUGACUAAAGAGCGCGUAAAUAGGAAGAUGUUUAUUCGUAAAUUCAACUGAUUUGACGAAUUACGUAUAGAAAUUGAUUCGAUGCCUGUUGAAAUAAUUGCAGGUUCACUUUACACUUUAUUUCGUAUCAUUUUGAAUUCUUCGAAUGAUCAAUCUUAAUAUGUACAUAUAGAAUAACAGGAUAAGUAUUAUCAUUAUUAUUAUUAUUAGUUGAAUAAAUUGUAAUUGGUCUAAAAGCUGGUAAUUAUGUAAAAUUUAAAAGAGAAAAGCAUCGAGUUAAACUCUAUAUUUAAUGUCCUGAAUCUCAACAGUCUUGUUUUUAUAUUUUGUCGCGUUUAUUGUUAAAUAUAAGAUGGCUUCUGUAUUUUUAUUUCGAGUUAAGUUGAAUUUGCUACGAAGAUUCUUCUAGCUUAUACCAUAUAUAUUUUUGUUUUCGAUUUUCGGAGAAUUAACAUUGUUAAAUGUAAAUGAUAAUACAAUUUCUUAUCUUUGUGUAAUAAAU